AUGGUCCGUCUCAACCAUCUCCUCCUCCUGGCUGGAACUCUGCUACCAGUCUUUGGGGCAGCGACCAAGUCUUCCAACUCAGCCAAGGCCCCCGAGCCUCAGCAACCGGGCAUUGUCUCCAACUGCAAGUCAUAUUACCUUGUAGAAAAGGGUGAAACCUGCUCUGAGGUCGCUGCCAAGAACAAGAUUUCCCUGUCCGACUUUCUGGAAUGGAAUCCCAAGACUGGUACUGAUUGCAACGCCCUUUUGGCAAACGCAUACGCUUGUGUUUCUGUUACCGAGACAAAGGGUUCAUCUUCAGCAAAACCCCCAGCGAAGAAGUACUCACCCACUCAAGCUGGCAUCGCCAAAAACUGUGCCAAGUACGCUCUUGUUGGCAAGACUACGACCUGCAAGUCAAUCGAAACGCAGAACAAGCUUUCCUUUGCCAACUUUUACAAAUGGAACCCCGCUGUUGGCAAGCACUGUCAGGGUCUCAAGAAAGGAUACUAUGUUUGUGUUGGUGUUGAAAAGACUGCGACUCCGACGCCGACCACUUCUGAGAAUGUCACUGGUAACAAAGCGCCUUCGCCGGUUCAGAAGGGAAUUACCAAGUUGUGCAACGAAUACCAUCGUGUUUCCAAGGGUGACACUUGUUCUGCUGUUGCGUCAGAGUUCAAGGUCGAUUUGGCUGAGUUUUAUGAGUGGAAUCCUGCUGUUGGGUCCAAGUGUGAAAACCUUUGGGCUGGGUACUAUUACUGUGUUCGCGUUGCGGGCGAGAAGGCAAAGGCUACUGUACACACUCCCUCUCCCAACUAG